AGGUCACCCUGGGCAUCCGCGCGCUGCAGAGCAUGAAGCAGCCGACACUGCGGGAGCACGGGUCCACCGCCAGGAUCUCCCACCAGAGCAGCUCCCACCUCGUCUCAGGCCCCAAGGUUGCCGCAGAGCCUGGGCCGUGGCGAACUCCAGGGCACCUUUUCUGUCCAGGACAGUUCUUCGGCUCGGAGGAGGGCGGCGACGUGCUGCGCAUGCUGGAGGACUGCGUCCUGAUGUUUGUGCCGCGGCACCGCCUGCGGGAGGCGCUCCGGGAGGGGCGGCACGAGGUCGCCCGCGAGCUGGAGGCGUUCUUGCGGCGCAGCCUGCCCGGCGGGGCAGGCUUGGAGAGGCGCGUCUUGGACACCUUCGCGGCCGCCUGCCAGGAGGAGAAGUUUUCCCGGGGGCGCGUCCUCUGCGCGGCCGGCGUGCAGGCCACCCCCGAGGACCACCACAAGGUCUACAUCAUCCGCAGCGGCUCCUGCCGGUUGCUGCUGCCCGGGUUCGGCCACACGACGGCCUCGCCGAGGCGCCGAGCGCUUCCGAGAGGGGUGGUGUCAACGAGAUCGCUGGCGGACACCACGUCGCCGACGGCCGCGACGUCGCCCACGCCUUCGGCGUUGCCGUCGCCCACGAAGACUUCGACAUCGCCAUCGCCCGCGAAGGGCGUGGACAAGAGCCCGAGGCCUGGCAGCCAGAGGCCGCUUGUGGCAGCCAGCAAGAGCACCCCGACCUUGAACUCUGAGAAGAAGCCGGCCGCGCUCCAGAAGCCGCCCGCGCGCGCCACGCCCGUCGGCCUCCUCGGGGAGGGCGCCGUCGUGGGCUUCGCCUCGGCCCUCUUUGGAGUGCCGGAGCCGUUCACGGUGGUUCCAGACGAGCCCGUCGAGGUGAUGUCCGUGAGCUUGGCCGACAGGCCCGUGGCCCUUUGGCCCCGGGAGGUGAUCAAGGCGCUCCACGAGCAGAUGAAGGCCCAGGCCGACUGGCACCGCCAGAGGACGCAGAGCAUUGCCUCCGCUACCGCCGCCUCCCUGGAGAAGUUUGCGGAGACCGGCGAGGGGCCCCCAGCGUGGUCGGUGUGCGACUCGCCCUUCCUGCGGCACAAGGAGCUGUCCUCCUGGCAGGCGGGCACAAUGAAAGACCGCUUCGAAGCGGAGGGCUGGCAGUGGAAGCUUCCCGCCACCAGCAGCCCCACAGUCGCAGGUGGCAGCGCUGCCGUGCUGCAGGGGGACAGUCGGAGCAGCUCCUGCCCUGUUCUGCCGGCCCUGGCGGGCCCGAAAUCGCCCCAGGCGGAGGGCGGCAGGAAGGCUGGCCUGGCCACGCCGUGGGGCGAGUGGAGCCCCUCGGGCCAGCUGCCGCCGCCCCGGCCGAAGG